GACUGGAACUCCUUCGGUCUAGGGAUUUUUAUACAAGAAGUCAUAUCUAACCUAUAGAAGAACCGACACCAGUACAUCUGAAAUAUUCUCUUUGCGGGCAACUGUUGAGCAGAAAUUGUCAAGUGGCUUAAAGAAAUCGAGUUUCGAGUCGAUUUUGUGAAUUCAUUACCUCACAGCCACUAUAUUGAUCCAGGACUGCUAACCAUGGACAAAGUUAUCGUGGUAGCGGCUGCGAGCCCGUGCUGAUAAUAUAGUAACAAUCCGAGAUUAUCUUUCUUCGGACAUGCGACACAGUCGUAUGGCGCGCAGCAUAUUCUUUCGCGUGUGUCCUUGUGUCCGAUGAUUUCCAUCGUCAACGAAUUUGUGAAAGGCGCCGCAUUUACCAUCAGGUAGCACGGUCGGCAUCGUAGGAUAGUGUCAUGGCGCGACAACAAUGACAAAAAGUGUGUUCCUGACCGACGAAUCCGGUACUAAAUAUAAUAUGUGGGGCGGUUUUCGUUGUAACAAAGGCUUCCUAAUAUUGUUCCUGAUUCAUGUGAUCGCCUUCCAAUGUUUCAUAUAUUAUCAGGAACGAUACAAAUGGCAGGAGUGGAGAGACACGUUGGAGUCAAUAAUGAUCGAACAAAGGGAUGUGUACGGCUCGAUAAAUAGUAUCAUUAAACGGUUGGAGACUCACGGCGACUUCAACGGCAAUAUUACGCGGAAAUUUGUCGACAAGCCGACGAUCUACGCGAUCACGCCUACUUUCGCUAGACCCGUACAGAAAGCCGAGCUAACCAGGUUACAUCAAACGUUUUUGCAUGUACCGAACUUUCAUUGGAUCGUCGUAGAAGAUGCGAGGAUGAAGACGAAAAUGGUUACCCGGUUUCUGGAGAACAGCGGGCUGAUGUACACCCAUCUGGUCGCAGCAACACCGACCUCUUACAAGUUGGGCAGAAACGACCCAAAUUGGAAGAAACCGCGAGGCGUUGAGCAGCGAAACACCGCAUUACACUGGCUUCGCGAAAAUCGAAAAGCAACAGAGAAAGGGAUUGUGUUUUUCGCUGACGAUGAUAAUACAUAUUCGAUCAAGCUGUUCCAAGAGAUGGAGAAAAUUCAAAAAGUUGGCGUAUGGCCGGUGGGCCUGGUUGGUGGACUGAUGGUGGAAAGGCCGAUUUGUGAUAACGUUACAAACAAAGUAGUCAGUUUCAACGCAGCUUGGAAACCGGACCGUCCGUUCCCGUUAGAUAUGGCCGGGUUCGCAAUUAAUCUGCAACUCUUAUUAGAAAACAAGGAAGCAAUGUUUUCUUACGAUGUUGAAGGAGGAUACCAGGAGAGUGAGAUCUUAAGACAAAUCGUCAAAAGGGACGAAUUAGAACCUCUGGCAGACUGCUGCACGAAGGUGUACGUGUGGCAUACACGCACAGAACCGCCGCAACUGAAUGUAGAGCAACUAUUAAUAAAGAAAGGCAAACGUUCGAACAUGGGCAUGGAAGUGUGAUAUGCUAGCAUUGGCGUGCUAUAGUUUGCCUAUGUCGUUUUGCGAUCGUUACGAGGACCUACACAGUGAUAAAGUGGCGUUCGCAAAUCAAACAAAAAAUAUAGCAGCAAAUUUUCUAUGUGCUACAUAUUAUUUGACGCUUCAUGGGAGAAUGCUGUGCCAUAAACGCAUAGUUGCUUAUAGUUGCAUAUUCGAUCUAAAAGCAGGUUCUUCUACUUCGUGUAACAUGGU